CGCCGCCGCCACGCUCUCUCCGCCCGGCGUGCACGGAGCCUCGGCCGGGCGCGGAGGUGGUGCGGGAGCCAGGGGUGCGCAGACCCGAGUCGCCGCGCGUGACAGCCUGCCCGGGCCAGCAGCCGCCAAGAGCCCCGCACUUCGGAGGCCGCGGGACAGCGAGAACGACCGACGCGAAGGCGGGGUGGCCGUCGGGCAAGCAGGAGACCAUGGCCAAAACGGAGGUGAAAACAUCACUGCUGGACAACAUGAUUGGCGUUGGAGAUAUGGUUCUUCUAGAACCUCUCAACGAGGAGACCUUCAUCAACAACCUCAAGAAGCGUUUUGACCAUAAUGAAAUAUAUACUUACAUUGGAAGCGUGGUUAUAUCUGUUAACCCCUACAGGUCCUUGUCCAUUUAUUCUCCAGAGAAAGUGGAAGAUUACAGAAAUAGAAAUUUUUAUGAACUGAGCCCUCACAUCUUUGCCCUAUCAGAUGAAGCAUACAGAUCCCUCCGAGAUCAAGAUAAAGACCAAUGCAUUCUCAUUACAGGGGAAAGUGGAGCAGGAAAAACAGAGGCCAGCAAGCUUGUUAUGUCUUAUGUGGCAGCUGUUUGUGGAAAAGGAGCAGAAGUUAACCAAGUCAAGGAACAGCUUUUGCAGUCCAAUCCAGUCCUGGAAGCUUUUGGAAAUGCCAAAACUGUAAGGAAUGACAACUCCUCUAGAUUUGGAAAAUACAUGGAUAUUGAAUUUGACUUCAAAGGUGAUCCACUGGGAGGAGUAAUAAGUAACUAUCUCCUAGAGAAAUCUCGAGUUGUUAAGCAGCCAAGAGGUGAAAGAAACUUCCACGUGUUCUACCAGCUGCUCUCUGGUGCCUCUGAAGAGCUCCUCCACAAACUUAAGCUUGAGCGGGAUUUCAGCAGAUAUAACUACCUAAGCCUGGACUCUGCCAAAGUUAAUGGAGUGGAUGAUGCAGCCAGUUUCAGAACCGUUAGGAAUGCCAUGCAGAUUGUGGGCUUUAUGGAUCAUGAAGCUGAGUCAGUCUUGGAGGUGGUGUCAACGGUGUUGAAAUUGGGGAACAUCGAGUUCAAGCCUGAAUCGCGAGUGAAUGGCUUAGAUGAAAGCAAAAUCAAAGAUAAAAAUGAGUUAAAAGAAAUUUGUGAGUUGACUGGCAUUGAUCAGUCCGUUCUAGAACGAGCAUUCAGUUUCCGAACAGUUGAAGCAAAGCAGGAGAAAGUUUCAACUACACUGAAUGUGGCUCAGGCUUAUUAUGCUCGUGAUGCUCUGGCUAAAAACCUCUACAGCAGGUUGUUUUCAUGGUUGGUGAAUCGAAUCAACGAAAGCAUUAAGGCACAAGCAAAAGUAAGGAAGAAGGUCAUGGGUGUUUUGGACAUUUAUGGCUUUGAAAUUUUUGAGGAUAACAGCUUUGAGCAGUUCAUUAUUAAUUAUUGUAAUGAAAAGCUGCAACAAAUCUUCAUUGAACUCACCCUUAAAGAAGAGCAGGAGGAGUACAUACGGGAGGACAUAGAAUGGACUCACAUUGACUACUUCAAUAAUGCUAUAAUUUGUGACUUAAUUGAAAAUAACACAAAUGGAAUCCUGGCUAUGCUGGAUGAAGAGUGCCUGCGGCCUGGCACAGUCACUGAUGAGACCUUCUUAGAAAAGCUGAACCAGAUCUGUGCCACCCACCAGCACUUUGAGAGCAGGAUGAGCAAGUGUUCCCGCUUCCUCAAUGACACAUCUCUGCCUCACAGCUGCUUCAGAAUCCAGCAUUACGCUGGCAAGGUGCUGUACCAGGUGGAAGGAUUUGUUGACAAGAACAACGACCUUCUCUAUCGAGACCUGUCCCAAGCCAUGUGGAAGGCCAGCCAUGUCCUUAUCAAGUCUUUGUUUCCUGAGGGGAAUCCUGCCAAGGUCAACCUGAAAAGGCCCCCUACUGCAGGGUCACAGUUCAAAGCAUCCGUGGCCACGCUGAUGAAAAAUCUACAAACCAAGAACCCAAACUACAUCAGGUGUAUCAAGCCGAAUGAUAAAAAAGCAGCACACAUCUUCAGUGAGAGUCUAGUGUGCCAUCAGAUCAGGUACCUGGGUCUUAUGGAGAAUGUUCGAGUGCGGCGGGCAGGCUAUGCCUUCAGGCAGGCCUAUGAACCUUGUCUAGAAAGAUACAAAAUGCUUUGUAAACAGACAUGGCCUCACUGGAAAGGACCAGCAAGGUCUGGGGUAGAGGUUCUGUUUAAUGAAUUAGAGAUUCCUGAGGAAGAAUACGCCUUUGGUAGAUCAAAGAUUUUCAUCCGAAACCCGAGAACAUUAUUCAAAUUAGAAGACCUAAGGAAGCAGCGACUCGAGGACUUGGCCACUCUCAUUCAGAAGAUUUAUCGGGGGUGGAAAUGCCGCACACACUUCCUGCUCAUGAAAAAGAGCCAAAUUGUGAUUGCUGCAUGGUACAGGAGAUUCGCGCAACAAAAAAGGUAUCAGCAGAUAAAGAGUUCUACCUUGGUAAUUCAGUCUUAUAUCCGGGGUUGGAAGGCUCGAAAAAUCUUGCGGGAGCUGAAGCAUCAGAAGCGCUGUAAGGAAGCAGCCACGACCAUUGCAGCUUACUGGCAUGGUACCCAGGUACGCAGGGAGUAUAGGAAAUUCUUUAGAGCAAAUGCUGGGAAGAAAAUCUACGAGUUUACACUUCAGAGACUUGUACAAAAAUACUUGCUGGAAAUGAAAAAUAAGAUGCCUUCCUUAUCGCCAAUAGACAAGAAUUGGCCAUCAAGACCGUACCUGUUCUUGGAUUCAACUCAUAAGGAGCUAAAAAGGAUUUUCCACUUGUGGAGGUGUAAAAAAUACAGGGACCAAUUCACAGACCAGCAGAAACUUAUUUACGAAGAGAAACUAGAAGCCAGUGAACUCUUCAAAGACAAGAAGGCUUUAUACCCAUCUAGUGUUGGGCAGCCAUUCCAAGGAGCUUACCUGGAAAUCAAUAAGAACCCUAAGUAUAAGAAACUCAAAGAUGCCAUUGAAGAAAAGAUCAUCAUUGCUGAAGUUGUGAACAAAAUUAACCGUGCUAAUGGGAAGAGUACAUCCCGGAUUUUCCUCUUAACAAAUAAUAAUCUUCUUCUUGCUGACCAAAAGUCUGGACAAAUCAAGUUAGAGGUUCCCCUGGUAGAUGUGACCAAGGUAUCAAUGAGCUCACAGAAUGAUGGCUUCUUCGCUGUCCACCUCAAGGAGGGUUCAGAAGCAGCCAGUAAAGGUGAUUUUCUCUUCAGCAGCGACCACCUGAUUGAAAUGGCCACCAAGCUCUAUCGCACAACUCUCAGCCAAACCAAACAGAAGCUCAAUAUUGAAAUUUCCGAUGAGUUCCUGGUACAGUUCAGACAGGAUAAAGUAUGUGUGAAGUUUAUUCAGGGCAACCAGAAAAAUGGGAGUGUCCCAACGUGCAAACGAAAAAACAACCGUCUCCUUGAAGUAGCUGUCCCUUAACUGGCACCUCGUCUGCUUUCAUGGACUUGUUUCUUUGUAAUAGUGCAAUUUGGUUUCGUUUUGUUUGGGUUUCGUUGUAUUUUCGGGAAUUGUCAAAGGCUAACGGAGAGUCCCUUGGCAAAAUAAAUAAAAGUAUUUGACUAAUCAGUUUUUAUUAUGGGAAUAGUUUAACCCUUAAAUCUACAUUCUGUCCUGGGAUAGAAUUAUAGAAACUAACAGUGUCUGUUUCUAAGUCAUAUGUUUUUUUCUUUAGUUACCAUGUGUACCCUCAAUCAACAUAUUACUCAUAGAUCAUUAAUACAUACUAAGUGUAGGAAAGGGUCUUAAAAGAUAGUGCAUUCAUUUAUCAAAUAUUUAUUGAAUGCCUGUGCUAUGCUGGGCACUAUGCUAAGUGAUUUUUACUAGGAGCCUUUUUAUUUUAAGGCUGUUGCAUUCUGGCUGGUUGUGCUGCUUUAACUGCAGCGAGGAAGGUUUGAAGAGGUUGAGGCCAAACAAUGACUGCUGACAAUGGACAACAUUGGUAGGAACCCCGUAGCAUGGUCAUAAAUAAUACAUGUUUCAGAAAGGGCUGGUCCUGCGAGGAAUAGAAACACAUAAUUGUGUAAAAUCCAUUUGCCUUUUUUUUUUUUUUUGAAAUAUAAUUGACAUUGAACAGGACUUCUGAUUUGUUCAGGUCUCCUGUAACUACUUUUAACAGUAGUAAACAGAAGUCGUUCUUAUUUUAGAAAAGUGACUGAGCAGUCCAAUAAGAUUAUAUACUCCUUUGUCUGGUAAGCAUCAUAUAGGAUCCUAGAUGUGCUAAAAUCUGCAGUAUUGAUUUCACCCAAUUUUGAGCAGCUCUUUUAAACAGCUAACACUGUAAAGAAAGGCUGAACGUCUUGCAGAGAGUGGCAGACAUUCUGUAUGAUGUGCAAUAAAACACCCAAUUCUUUUUGAAAGUUUUAUUUAUAAUACAUUUUUGUAUGAGAGCGGUGAUUGGUACCAGGUGCAUAUUUUAGUCAAGGAUCAAAAUUAAGUUUGUUUUAAUUUACUGGGCUUUUUUUUUUUAUUCUUUCAAAUUUACAAUAAGGAUUCAUUUUAGAAACUGCAUUUUAAACUUUGGAAUCAAAUUGUUUCUUAUUUGGGAAAUAAUGUAUAUACAUUAUGUUAAAUAAUAAAAUUGUUCUAAUUUGGUGCCAUUUGCUGAAUCACAACUGUAUUUUUAUAUUUCAAACUAUUUUCAUGUGUCAUGUGUCAAUGUAUCAUCUCACAGAAAAGCUCUACAGUCCAAACAUUAUAUAAUCUCCUUGUUAAUUGAUUUUCACUAAUCUUUUAUAAAUCAGAAACAGUUGUUGAAAAUAUUUUCUGGGAACUUUUGUUGAUUUUUGUAUCUAAAAAGUUGUUCACAUAAAGAAAUUCUCAGAGGU